AUGGACGUCCGCUACAGCCAGGAGCCGGAAGUGGGGAUGGUCCUGAAGAACGGGCUGAAGGAAAGCAAGGAGGUAAAAGACUCCCAGGGGAGCCUUUCUAAAACACUCCUGAAGGAACCACAGGACUCCUUCUCCUCAUCCGGAGCCAUGGAAAACUGUGAAAAGAGUCGCACGAGCACAGGAGAUCCAGACUACUGCCGGCGGAUUCUCGUUCGAGAUGCCAAAGGCUCGAUCAGAGAGAUCAUUCUGCCCAAAGGUCUGGAUCUGGACCGACCGAAGAGAACCAGAACCUCAUUCACAGCCGAGCAGCUCUACCGGCUCGAGAUGGAGUUCCAGCGGUGCCAGUACGUCGUGGGCCGAGAGAGGACUGAACUCGCCCGGCAGCUCAACCUGUCUGAGACUCAGGUGAAGGUGUGGUUCCAGAACCGGCGUACGAAACAAAAGAAGGACCAGGGGAAGGAUGCGGAGCUGCGCUCGGCUGCGCACUCGGAGACAGCGGCUACGUGCAGUGUGCUGCGUCUGUUGGAACAGGGCCGCUUGCUCACGCCGCCCGGUAUGCCUGGUCUGCUGCCACACUGCACCAGCUCCUCACUGGGCAUCGCUGCUAAUGGAGGAUCCUCCUCCAGCAGUGGAACAAGCUCAGCUACAGCAUCCAGAAGCCCCCCGCUGCCCGCCAUGUCCAGCUCAAGCACGCUAACCAGCACCCACCACGGGCUCUUCAGCUUCCCUGUGCCCACACUGCUGGGAGCCGUGGCAUCACGUAUCUCCUCCGCGCCGCUGGGCAUGACUGGCUCACUGGCCGGGAACCUGCAGGAACUCUCAGCCCGCUACCUGAGCUCCUCGGCCUUCGAGCCAUACUCGCGGACCAACGGAAAAGAGGACAAGAAAGUUUUGGAAUAA